AUGGCUCCGCACCACGAAGAGCACUACCACCCCAAGGAUGCGAUCGCGGCAUCGAUGAAGACCACUAUGCUCACUGGUGGAGCGGGUCUUUUCGCCUCGGCCGUCCAGAACACCCUCACCAGACAGAACGUCGGCCCGCUGGGCGUGUUCAUCCGGAGCGGUGGUACCGUCGGUAUCUUCGCCGCCAUGGGAGGUACCUACGAAUUCGUGAAGACCGCAUCCGCCAACCUUCGUGAGAAGGAAGACCACUGGAACGUCGCUCUGGGAGGUUUCUUCUCCGGCGCCAUCCUGGGUCUCCGAGCUCGCACAUUCCCCGCCCUCCUGGGCUACGGCGUCGCUCUGGCCACCGCCACGGGCGCUUUCGAAUACACCGGUGGAUCGUUGUUCGGCCACAAGAAGAACACCGAUAUCGACGAGUUUGAGCGUCGGGAACAGCUCCGGAAGACAUACAGAAUCCCCGCAGAGCAGACUCUUGCCGAAUUGGGCGAGGGACGAGGUAUCUAUGGCCCCGGAUACGCCGAGAGACGGGCGGAGAGAAUCAAGGAGGCAUACGGUAUCGAGGUUCCCACAACGGCUCCGGCAUCAUGA